GGAUGAGCGCAGCAUCCGGCAUCAUCCACAGCGAGAUGCCGACCGAGAAGAUGCUCAAGGAAGGCGGUGUUAUGCACUCCUUCCAGAUCUGGGUCAAUCUGCCUGCCAAGUACAAGAUGACGGCGCCUCGCUACCAGGACGUUCCGCCCGAGAACAUCCCCACGUUCACCUCCAGCGACGAAAAGACACGGAUCAAGGUCAUUGCAGGCAAGGUUGAAGAUGUCACUGCCAACAUUGACACGCGCACGCAGAUAUUCUUCCUGGACCUGCGCACCACUGGGCGGUACGCGCUGGAUCUCCCGAGCGGGCAUGGGACGCAAUGGUGCCAGAUGGCUGUCAUCAAAACCGAUGGGCAGCCGAUUGACUUUGAGGCUGCUGGGUCGGAGGAGGCGCGCGUUCUGGUCCUGGCCGGUACACCGAUCGGCGAGAAGGUUGCCCGCUACGGCCCAUUCGUCAUGAACACUCAGGAGGAGCUGGGACAGGCAUUUACUGAUAUGAGAACUGGGCGCUUUGGAUCCAUUCCCGGUCGCAUGGAGCGCAUGCAUCAGACUGACUCAGCCAAUGCAGCCCGUGCAAAGGCUGGCAAAGAGUAG